GAGAAGCUUUUUGCUUCGUCUUCUUUCUGCAACCAGUUCAAGAUCAUCAUCAUCAUCAUCUGCGAAAAUGGUGCUCGAAAAUAGUUUCUUCAAUUACAAGAUCAUCGUGAACGGGGAAAGGAACGAGGUGAAAGUGUGCCCGCCUGCUAAUUUAACCAACUUGGAUUGGAGCCAGGAUCCUCUUGCCAACACUCUUCCCAUUUUGUUCAGCCAAAUUCUGCUCAUGAUCGUCCUGGGCGGCCUUAUCUCCAUCCUCCUUAAGCCCCUCCAUCAGCCUCGGUUUGUCGCCGAGAUCAUUGGCGGCAUCCUCAUCGGGCCGACGUUGCUAGCAAAUAACUUUGACUUCCACAAUAUGUUCCUUGACUUCUCGAGCGCGCCAACCAUGGAGGCGUUCACCAACUUGGGUGUCGUCUACUAUAUGUUCCUCGUCGGGUUAGAGAUGAACUUGGCUCCUAUACUACGAAUCCAGAGGAAAUCCAUAAGCAUCGCCCUGGCCGGGAUUCUUGUCCCGCUCGCCAUAGGAUUCGGCUCAUAUUUCGUCAUUGCCCCAAAAGCUGAAAGCACGGACAAGAAGUGGUUGAGGCAAAAGGGAGCUUUCGUGUGGGGCAUCGCCCUCACGGCCACCAACUUACCCGACGUCACGCGGAUUCUGUCCGAAGUCAAGCUCCUGCGCACGGAGACUGGAAGAACUGCGCUGUCUUGUGCCUAUGUGAGCGACAUAGGCACUUGGCUGUUACUCGUCACAAUGCUCACAAUUUCUCACGACGACAUCCUCCCCAUCGCGAUUGCAACGGGCGUUUUCGUGCUGCUCUGCUUGUACGUGGGCCGCCCGGCUCUCCUGUGGCUCAUCGACCAGACGAUGGAUGGGGAGGAAUACACGGAGUACCAGGUCCAAUUCGUCCUCUGCGGAGUCAUGCUGUGGGGUUUCCUAACAGAUGCAAUAGGAGUGUACUCCAUCUUCGGGGCUUUCAUGUUCGGUUUCAUCAUGCCGAGUGGCCAGCUCGCAACCCUGAUCACGGAGAGGCUCGACAGGGUGACAUCAUGGAUAAUGGUACCAAUGUAUUGCCUACUGAACGGCGUCCGGACCAAUAUCCCCCACAUGGUACCACAAGGAAGGACCGCCGUGCAUGUGGUGGUCUUCGUAUGCUUGGCUUGGGCCGCCAAGUUCUUGAGCACCGUUUUCAUCUCCGUAUCCUACAAUAUGGAAAGACGAGAAGCCGUGACGCUCGGAGUGCUCAUGAACACUAAAGGACUAUUGGCCAUUAUCGUCAUCAACAUCGGGCGGGAUCUGUUGCUUCUGGACAUUGAGUCAUCUGCGGUGAUGGUUGUAGCACUCCUGGUGAUGACGAUCACAGUCCCUCCCAUCAUCAGGCACUCCUACAGAUUUGAAAAGCCUCUGCUUGUGCACAAACGGAGGACCAUCGAGAGCAACGGGCCAGAUUCGCCGUUUCAAGUCCUGGCGGGCAUCUACUCAACACAGGGCAUGCGCGGCAUCGUGAACCUACUGCAGCUGUCUCAUGCUACCAGGCAGUCCCCGAUCCACGUCGUGGCCGUCCACCUGGUGGAGCUCACAGAGCACACUUCGGCGGCGAUGCUGGUCGUGCACGACGCGUACAAGCCGAAUUCUCACAGGCCAGGCGAGGAGCACGCCAAGCCCGAGACGGAUCAGAUCAUUGAAGCCUUUGAAAACUAUGCAAGGGAAAGCGACAACACCGUGUCAGUCGAAGCUCUGACCGCUCUGUCACCCUACGCCACGCUACACGUGGACGUUUGCAGCAUCGCGGAAGACAAGCGAGCUUCGAUCAUAAUCCUCCCGUUCCACAUACAGGGAAAGAACAACGACGAACCCGAGAACAGGAGUUCUUCCAUCAAAGACGUCAACGAAAAUGUGCUGGCGGGAGCGCCCUGCUCCGUGGCUUUGCUGGUCAACCGAGGUCUAGGGAUGUCCAACCACAGGCAGCGCGCAUUGUUAAUGUUCUUCGUAUGCGGGCCCGACGAUCGGGAGGCCUUAGCGUAUGCCUGGAGGAUGUCAUGCCAGCCUGAGGUUCACCUGACGGUGGUACGGUUCUUCGAAGGGGACGGCGCCGUCGACCCCACGCCGCUGGACGACCCCAAGGACAGCGAAGGGGUUUUUACCUUCUUCGAGGAGCACGUGAAGCAAAGAGCCAUAGACGAAGACUACAUAAACGAAUUCAAGUCGAAGACGAUGGACAGUCAGUCCGUCACUUACACAGAGGAAGUGGUGAACGACAUGAACGAAACCCUGACCGCCAUAAGGCAAGCAAUGGAGCGAGAAUCGUAUGAACUGUGCAUCGUGGGACGAGGGAAACAGAGCACAUCCCCGCUCCUGGCGAGCCUGUCGGAAUUAUCUGAGUAUCCGGAGCUGGGAGCCUUAGGAGACGCGAUCGUCACGUCUAACUUCGCGUUGAACUCAUCUGUUCUGGUAGUGCAGCAGUAUACCAACAAUAGUUUGGGGCUUGAAGGUGGGUCGAGCAGGUUUUUGGCCAACGCCCGUCACUGGAAAGUCAAGAACUGGCGGCGCAAAAGCGCUUCCUAA